CAGAAUAUUUUAAACGAUCUGAAACGUUGUUUAUCAUGUAAUAUCGUGGUUGUGGCCAGAAUUAUGGACUUAUUAAGACAAUUCUAGUGAGAACACCUAACAACUGUGCUAAUAAUUAAUCCACAUUGCAACAAAACACAACUAUAAAUUUGAAGCAAUUUUUGAGGUUAUGUUUGCCAUCACAGUGUUAAUUAUUAUUUCAGGUGGAGCAACAUGUUGGGGAAAGAAAUAAAGUUUGUCCCUACUUUUUUCAAUUGUCAAACUUCCAAGAUUGACAGUUAUUUGUGCGACAAAUGCAACUUCCAAACCGAACUUGCACUUUUGCUUAAACGCCAUUUCAGAGACCGUCACUGCGUUCAAAAUCAAAACACUGAGGAUUCAUUAAAGCACUACGCCAUCCAGGAUUAUGCAUGCAAAAGAUGCACUUUCAAAACCAACUUCGUAAUAAAGUGGCUCCACCACACCAGAUUUUGUGCCCUAAAUAAACCAUAUCACUGUCCGAAGUGUCCAUACAAAGCCAAACAAAAACGAUACGUCAGAGACCACGUAGAAGUGCACCAUUUGGGUAAAUGGUACGAGUGUGAAAACUGCCCGACUAAAUAUCAAACGAAGAAGUCUUUAAAAAGACACGUUCUAGUUCGACAUUCCGAACAAAGUAUCAAGUGGUACGAAUGCAAAAAGUGUCCCUACAAAGCUAAAUACAACUGCGACUUGAAACGACACGUAACAGCGCUCCAUUUAGACGAACACUCGAUAUACUGGUACGAAUGCAAAAAUUGCCCCUACAAAUCUAAAAGAAACUCAAAUUUAAAAAACCACGUCAGAUCGAGACAUUCCGACGAAACCGACGUCAAGUGGUACGAAUGUGACAAGUGCCCGUACAAAACCAAACACAACAGUAAUUUAAAAGUGCACAAAAACUCGCACCUGGACGGAGAAAACGUUCAGUGGUACGAAUGUAAAAUGUGCCAAUUCAGAGCUAAGCAUAAAUCGUCGCUGAAAAGACACGUGAAGGUGCAGCACGUGGAUGAGCGCGAUAUUGUGUGGUUCGAGUGUGAAAAGUGCCCCUACAAAACUAAACAGAGCGGGAAUUUGAAACUACACGUGAAUUCGCAACAUGUGGACACUGAAAAUAUUAAAUGGUACGAAUGUGACAAGUGUCGUUUCAAAACCAAGUAUCACUCGUCGCUGAAAAUUCAUAUAACUGCUAACCAUCUGGACGAAACCGAGGUGAAAUGGUUUAAGUGUGACAGGUGUCCUUAUAGGGCCAAGUUGAACUAUGCUUUGAAAAAUCACGUCAAUGCGCUGCACUUGGAUGAUGCCGAAGCUAGAUGGUAUAAAUGUAAAGAGUGCGCUUUUAAAACCAGACAUCGGUCGAAUUUGAACACCCACAAUAAGCGCCACGAAGAGGAUGAGAAGUGUUACAUGUUAAAAAAAUUGUCCAAAAAUGAUUAGUAAAAAAUUGAGUUUG